UCAGACCGACAGAUGUAAUACAGUACCUGGUACUUAUGUUUUUGCUUCAACAAAGGAUCUGCCAGUUGAGCUUCCAACUUCACAUGUUAGCUCAAUAAUUAUUGAUGUUUAUAUCUCUGCCUCUUCUCGGUGCAGGUACUAACCUUGCUAUUAGGGACCGAAAUCCAGGCGAUAUUUCGCACUUUGCUUUGAUAAUAUCUGACUGCUUACUCGUUGGUGACGCCUUUUCCAGGCGUUCUGUUAGUUGAGGAUUAUUGAAAAGGCCAGAAAUACUUCUGGAGAGGGCUUUAAGAAAGACUAGCCUGCAGACCAGGUAUUCGAGGGGGUGGAGCGCGGAGCGCGGUACACGAGCGCGAGGGCAAGCUUUGCGAGGGAUUAGCGCGAAGACGGUAGGUGAGGGCUUUGGGCGAGUUUCGAAAAAGACUGUCUUCCACCUUCCACCGACAAACUCUCGUCUUCGUUUUCGUUGUUAUUGACGCUCCUCUAAUCGAAAUAACUGGACAGUUUCAGGAUAGUUGCUUGUCAAUGUUGCGCGGAGCUACUGGAAGAUUGGAACGCGGAGCUCUUCUAAUCUAUGGAGAGCGUGAUGGGGAACGUGAGGGGUCGAGGGAGGGCUGGAUGAUAAAAGAGCCCACGAUGUCUUACCGCUGAAAAAUACAGAUGGCAGAUGAAAAUGGUGUUUACGCUGCGUCAGGGUGCAUGUGAUGGAAAACGCCGUAAAAUACAGAAUUUUUGUGAAGGAUGCAAAUUUAUUUGCCACUGAACGCACCUUGGAAGCACUGUUAACUAAUUACCUGGCUUUUUUAAGUCCACUUAUUGAUGAUUUCAUUUGGCAACAUGAGCCCCUCUGUAUCGCCACCAAGGACAGUAAAGGAGAUGUCCCUGCUCAUCUGUAUGGGAAAACAAAGUUUGGUGACAAUGUUGAUGAUGAAUGGUUCAUAGUUUCUCUUCUCUUCAAACUUUCCAAGGCUUUCCCUGAAAUAUGUAUUAGUAUAUCAGACAAUGAUGGUGAAUUCCUUUUGAUCGAAGCAGCUCAUUUCCUACCAAGAUGGCUUAAUCCAGACAACAGCAAGAACAGAGUUUUUGUUCAUGAUGGAAAAGUUCAUAUUAUUCCCAUUCCCUCCAACCCUGGAGAAGUGACGAUAUACCCAACCGGUACUCCCAUAAUAGAUCAGGCACUACAGUUAGUGUUUGGCCCUCACAAUACUGAAGCAGCAGCAAAGAUCCAAAAGACAAUCAAUCAAAGGAUUGAGAUACUUUCAGAGCAAUCUCAGAACAGUUUCCAUCAUGCUCACUGCUAUGUGCCUGCAGAGGUGAAAUAUGUUCUUGAUCAGAAGCCAUCUUUGAUCAGUCCAAUUGUCCAGGCAUUUUAUGAGAGGGUUCCUACUGAUAUGAAGGCUUGUAGGACAAUGGAACAAUUUACACUGAAAACUAGACUAAUGUCCAGGAUAUGUUUUACACGAUGCCUAUAUGCCCAGUUAUCCCAACAACCGUUCAAGCCAGACAGACGAUCAGACUGGACUUUGCCUCCUGUUUCAAAUCCUCAGUAUAAAGCACAUGAGAUGGGUCUGAAAUUGGCCUGUGGAUUUCAGAUCUUGUGUAGAAGAAAUGGAACAAAAGAAGUUGAGUUAAAGGAAGAAAAUGAUCCUAAAGGACCAAGGUGGGAGAAAUUCUUAGCUUGUCUGACCGAGCAAGGUUAUUUCAAGGGUGAAGUUGAAGGCUCAAGACUGCACCAGGAUCUUCUUAAGAAGGCAAAGCAUCAAUUCAGUGAAACUUUUGCAGGUGAAAACAGGUUGGUGAACAACUUUCAUAUCGCUAAGCCAUUGAAUAUCCUCUUUAAAGGCUUAUUCAUGAAAGGCUGUGGACUGAUAGCCGAAAGUUUUGAAAAAAAUAUUUAUUGUGGUUGUCUUAUGACUGCAGACGAUAGCUGGUUAAACUUGACCGACCAGGAUUUAGAAGACAUGCUAUCGAAAUACAGCGAUCCGAACUCAAGAGAAACUGGCGAGCUCGCGGGUGGAAAUACAGCGAAAAGCAGUGAAACCUCGGUAGACCUGGAUUCGGUGACACGCAGUUUGAAAUCAUUCGUGGACAAAGUUUCCAGUUACGAGGGAGCAGAAUUCCCAGGGGAUUGUGAAGAUGAAGAGGUUCAGUUUGAUGCCGAGUCGUUUAUGGACUCAGUGGGAAGCCUGUUAGGACAUGGAAUUCACUCGUGUGAUGAUGCCAGCGAGUCUGACAGUGAUGAUGAAGAUAUGAAGACCUCCUCAGAAGAGGAGAAUGAAAAUCAGCAAGGAGUUAAAGCAAGUAAUUUGUCAACCGCCAACGACAAGGAAAUGAAGUCGUACAUGGAUCAAAUGGAUGAGGAAUUAGCGCAGACAUCUAUAGGAGAGAGUUUUGAAAAGAGAGGGAACCUACCUCAAGGAACUGGCCACAACCAAAACAACCUGACAAGUGAAUGUCAAGAGGAUUCUGCAGAGGAUACUCCAGUUGAUGUAGACUUCAAUCUUGUGAAAAAUAUCCUGGAAUCAUUCUCUACACAGCAAGGACUCGCGGGACCCGCGUCAAAUAUCCUGAAUUCUAUGGGAGUGUGGUUGCCGCCUAACACAGACCUAACGGAUUCAACUUAUGGCUCGGUUUUUGCAAGCAGGUUUUCAGCUAACGCUAAGUUGAAAAGUGAUGUUUCACUGUCGUUAGGAGUUAAAGCAAGUAAUUUGUCAACCGCCAACGACAAGGAAAUGAAGUCGUACAUGGAUCAAAUGGAUGAGGAAUUAGCGCAGACAUCUAUAGGAGAGAGUUUUGAAAAGAGAGGGAACCUACCUCAAGGAACUGGCCACAACCAAAACAACCUGACAAGUGAAUGUCAAGAGGAUUCUGCAGAGGAUACUCCAGUUGAUGUAGACUUCAAUCUUGUGAAAAAUAUCCUGGAAUCAUUCUCUACACAGCAAGGACUCGCGGGACCCGCGUCAAAUAUCCUGAAUUCUAUGGGAGUGUGGUUGCCGCCUAACACAGACCUAACGGAUUCAACUUAGCUAAAGGCCAGGGCCAGGAUUGAUUCACCGAAAUUACGUUCUCGGUUUGCUAUUGAAUGCGGACGAGGACACGGGCUCAAAGCGAAGAGCAAAAACAAUUAAAACUCGUAUGGCUAUGUAGCCAGGUGAGGCGGGUAAGAAGAACAAAUUUGGAAAGCCCCGGGAAAUCGACACAUGCGAUACACUUUCAGUUGAUCCAGUUCUAUUCGAGUUGGGAUAAAAGGAGAUUUCUUACAUGACCGUUGUGGUACCCAUGUUCCAACGGAUUGCACAUUCCAUGUUGCCGUGCGUCUGUUCAGUAUCUGAUCACAAAUGACGUCAAAAAUGUGGUUAGAACAAGAAAGUGGCGCUCAAGGCGGUGUCCGAGUGUGUCACUAAUGUUCCUACCACAUUUUGAGAUCAUCUGUAAUCAAUUACUGAACAGACACACGGCAGCAUGUUGUUGUUAAUGACGUUAUCUAUACCUCUGUCCUGCAAUUGAUCAUGAGCAAGAACCAUUAAAAAUGCGAGAAUAAUGCGA